AUGUGUACAGAAUCGGAUAUUUCUGAAAACCGUGGAGCAAAUUACUCUCUUGCCGACUUGUAUAAUGAUGGUGAGCGGCUAUUUGAAGAAACUGUAAAGGAGAUCGAAGCAGAUCCAUUCAACAAAAUUAAAGGAUCUCGACAUGGUCCUCAACUAGUUUCGAUAGCCGAGCUUUUGUUACAAAAUCGAACUCUUUGUGAUGCCAAAAAGUUCCGCACAAUCCUAGAGAAAAUUUGGAAAGCAGCCACGUCUGGAGAUUUAAGAAAAUUUCCAUCAGAUCAACGCGACAAAAUGUGGCAAGCAUUUCACAACCUUUGUUCUAGCCCGGAAUUUAUCAAGGAAUUUAAUUCUUAUCUUUGUCCAGCUCUACUGCAGCAACCUUGUUGCACUCUUUUCAUCCAAACUUUAUUGCGAAAAUUGUUUGAAAGAAUUAUACAUAGAAAGUCUUCCAUAUCACCAAACUCAGCCACCGAAGAUAUUUCCGAGGAAACGAAUAUUGAAGAGAAUAUCCUAAGAUAUGCCGCCGGUUUUGUGCCAUUCUCUUUGAAAAGACAAUGUGUGAAGAGACAACCUAAGGAUGUAACAUGGGCUGAGAAAAUUAAGUGCCUGAGUGCCAUUGGAGUUAGUAAUGAUGUUGGUAGCUCGCCGAGUUUUCUUGAAUAUACUAAAUGCUGGGUAGAAAAACAAAAUAGAGGAGGUUUAUUUCUGCUCAACAAUAACGGGUACUUAUUUUUUAGAGCAGUAGAAUGCCAUUGCAAAUUCUUUUUUCGAAAAUCUCGCAUUAGAACUGUUUCGUCAGAUAUCAGACAACCUGUUUUAAAUGCGGUAUCUAAAGAUAAAGUUGCAAUGGAAUAUUGGACGCAAGCAACUGCAGGACGAGAUACAUCAGUAUCCGCUCAGGUAAUGCAGAUGUGCAUAAAACUGUGGCUAAACAUUCGAGCUCGUGCGUUUGCAGCCAAUUGGAUUGAACAAUAUAAGCACAUUGAAACUAAAGAAGCAGCGAAAAAGAAGGCUCUACGUAAAGGGCUUAAAAAUAUAAAAAAUAUAACCUCGUGA